AUGGACGCCCCUCCGGCAGAGGGUGGGCCCCCGGAAAACGAGGCAAAAUCACCUUCGGACGCCCCGAACAAUACGCACGACGACUACAGCAAGCAUCGCGGCAGCAAAGGGCGCUUCCGGCUCAAGAGCAGCUCAUCCCGCCACCGCCGUCGGCACGGAACCGCAGACGAGAAAUCCCGACACGAAGACCACUACGAACGUCGGCGCCGCAGACACCGCCACAAACAACGCCGAGAAAGCAACGCCCCCGCCAAUGACCAUGGCGAACCCCCACUAUCGCCUCGAACGGCAUUCCGGGAAUCCCUCUUCGAUGCGAUGGGCGACGACGAAGGUGCCUCAUACUGGGAGGGCGUCUACGGGCAACCAAUCCACAACUACAGCGUUCCGCAGGUGCCCACGGGACCAGAGGGGGAACUGGAGCAAAUGACCGAGGAUGAAUACGCAGCAUAUGUCCGCGCGCGAAUGUGGGAGCGCACGCGGGAGGGGAUGGAAGAGGCCCAGGCCCAGGCGCGGGCAGAGCGCAUGAGACAGCGCAAGAACGAGGAGCAGGGCCGCACGGCUGAGCGGGAACGAGCGGAGUUCGAGCGCGCGAUGGAUGAGAGUCUUCGGCGGGGACGGGAGAGGAAGAGGAAGCGGACGUGGGAGGGUCUUUGGGGGAACUAUCUGAAGUCAUGGGAGGAGAUUGCUCGGGUCGUUGCGUCUGCAACGGGGUCUUCAUCUGCGGACGAGAAGAAGUCGGAGGAUGUGAAGCCUUUGCGGAAUCUACUGUUCUGGCCCGUUGAAUCUGGCAAGCGCAGGGAUGUGGCGCCUGCUUCGGUGGAGGAAUUUAUGCGCCAUGCACCUCCGCCACAGGAGGAUUUAUUGUCUGUUCUCAAGACGGAGCGUGUUCGCUGGCAUCCGGAUAAGAUCCAGCAUCGGUAUGGGGUUCUUGGCAUUGAUGAAGUUGUGAUGCGCAGCGUCACAGAGGUAUUCCAGAUCGUGGAUCGCAUGUGGAGCGAGGAGAGAGCGAAAGUGUGA